GAGGCGACGGCGCCUGUUUGUUUUUAAAAUCCGGGAGUGCGUGCAGGCGGCUGGGCUCUUCGGAGGCGACCCGCGGCGGCGGCGGCGGCAGGAAGGGAGACUGCUGGGGCCGGAGGCCGAGCGGGAGCUGGGCUCCAGGACCUGGUGUGGCAUCAUGAUCGGGGGCGUGUAGCUGAGCUCAAGGGCCUCUCCAGAAGAGGAAGGACCAGAGGACGUUUCUUGGCUCCUGUGUUUUCCUCUGCCCUCACUGGCUUUCGGACUGGGACUGGGGCCAGGCUUCCAGCAGGACCUUCUCCCGAGGGAUGGGCGGCUGCUGAAGGGGUCUCAUUGCCAGGCCUUAGCUGGCCGCACCAUGAACCUCCAGGCCCAGCCCAAGGCUCAGAAUAAGCGCAAGCGUUGCCCUUUUGGGGACCAGGAGCCAGCUUCCAAGGAACAGCCACCACCCCUGAAGGCUCCACCACAGUCCCUCAGAGCGAAGGAGGAACAGUACGAGGCCCACGAAGCAACAGGCGUUGCCUCCACCACCCAGCCUGUGGAGCUGCCUCCUCCCAACAGCCUGACUCUGCUGAACUCCGUGGUGUACGGAUCUGAGCGGACCACGGCAGCCAUGUUGUCCCAGCAAGCCCAAGUAAAGUGGCCCAACUCAGUGAUGGUUCCAGGGCGGGGCCUGGAGCGUGGAGGAGGCGUAGGCAUCAGUGACAGUGGCUGGCAGCAACAGCCUGGCCAGCCUCCACCCCACCCUGCAUGGAGCCACCUGUCCCUCUACAGUGGACCCAAAGGGAGCCCUCAUCCAGGUGUGGGGGGCUCUCCCUACUAUAACCACCCUGAGGCACUGAAGGGGAGCAAACCCGGGGGUCCACAGCUGGAUCACUAUGGAAAUGCGGUGCAGCCCAUGGUACCGCAGAAGCUGCCGCUGGAGGCGGGGAGACCCCCAGCACCCUUGAACUCUUUCCAUGCAGCCAAGAAGCCCCCAAACCAGACGCUGCCCUUGCAACCCUUCCAACUGGCAUUUGGCCACCAGAUGAACCGCCAGGUCUUCCGACAGGGCCCGCAGCCCUCCAACCCCAGCGCCUCCUUCCCACCUCAGAAGCAGCCGCAGCAGCAGCAGCCGGCAGCCCUGUCCCAGAUGCCACUAUUUGAGAACUUUUACCCCAUGCACCAGCCACCUUCCCAGCAAGCCCAGGACUUUGGCCUGGCACCGGGUGGGCCGCUGGGACAGACUCACCUGCCUCAUCACAGCAUGGCCCCCUACCCUUUCCCUCACAACCCGGAUAUGAACCCGGAGCUGCGCAAGGCCCUCCUGCAGGAUUCCGCCCCACAGCCUGUGUUACCUCAACCCCAGGUGGCCUUCCCACGUCGUUCCCGCCGUCUGUCCAAGGAGGGGAUUCUGCCUUCCAACGCCCUCGAUGGAGCUGGCACCCAACCUGGUCAGGAGCCCACAGGCAAUCUGUUCCUUCACCCCUGGCCUCUUCAGCAGCCACCACCAGGCUCCCUGGGGCAGCCCCACCCGGAAGCCCUGGGCUUCCCAUUGGAACUAAGGGAGUCACAGCUCCUGGCUGAUGGCGAGAGACUAGCACCCAACGGUCGGGAGCGGGAGGCUCCCCCCAUGGGUAACGAGGAGGUCAUGAGGGCUGGGGGCCUAGGGGACUGUGGACAGAUGAUACGAGGUGGGGUGAUCCAGAGCACCAGACGGAGGCGCAGGGCUUCCCAGGAGGCCAAUUUGCUGACGCUGGCCCAGAAGGCGGUGGAGCUGGCCUCACUGCAGGAUGCCAAUGGCUCUGAGGAGAAGCGGAAAAGUGUGCUGGCCUCAACUGCCAAAUGCGGAGUGGAGUUUUCUGAACCCGCCUUAGCUGCCAAGAGAGCUCGGGAGGAGAGUGGAAUGGUGCCCCUCAUCAUCCCGGUGUCUGUCCCUGUGCGGGCUGUGGAUCCCGCUGAGGUGGCCCAAGCGGGAAGUGUCGAUGAGGACGGGAAGGGUCUGGAACAGUACUCCGCUGAGCACAAGCCAUCGGUCAUCGUGACCCGCAGGCGGUCACGAGUCCCGGGGACGGAUGCGCCAGCUCAGGCUGAAGACCCAAAUGCCAAGAUGGAGGGGGAGCCUUCCAUUCGGAAACCAAAGCAGCGGCCCCGGCCCGAGCCCCUUAUCAUCCCCACCAAGGCGGGCACUUUCAUUGCCCCUCCUGUCUACUCCAACAUCACCCCCUACCAGAGCCAUCUGCGCUCUCCUGUCCGCUUAGCUGACCACCCUUCUGAGAGGAGCUUUGAGCUGCCCCCCUACACACCGCCCCCCAUUCUCAGCCCCGUUCGGGAAGGCUCCGGCCUCUACUUCAAUGCCAUCGUAUCAACCAGCAGCAUCCCAGCCCCUCCUCCUAUCACGCCAAAGAGUGCCCAUCGUACCCUGCUCCGUUCUAAUAGUUCUGAAGUCACCCCGCCCGUGCUCUCUGUGAUGGGGGAGGCCACCCCUGUGAGCAUCGAACCACGGAUCAACGUUGGUACCCGGUUCCAGGCCGAAAUUCCUAUGAUGAGAGACCGAGCUCUGGCAGCUGCAGACCCCCAUAAGGCUGACUUGGUGUGGCAGCCAUGGGAGCAUCUUGAGAGCAGCUGGGAGAAACAGAGGCAAGUGGAUGACCUGCUGACAGCUGCCUGCUCAAGCAUUUUCCCUGGUGCUGGCACCAACCAGGAAUUGGCCCUGCACUAUCUCCAUGAGUCUAGGGGGGACAUCCUGGAAGCGCUGAGUAAGCUGCUGCUGAAGAAGCCUGUGAGGCCUCACAAUCACCCACUGGCAACUUAUCACUACACAGGCUCUGAUCAGUGGAAGAUAGCUGAGAGGAAGCUGUUCAACCAGGGCAUCGCCAUCUAUAAGAAGGAUUUCUUCCUGGUGCAGAAGCUGAUCCAGACCAAGACUGUGGCCCAGUGUGUGGAGUUCUACUACACUUACAAGAAGCAGGUGAAAAUUGGCCGCAAUGGGACGCUCACUUUUGGUGACGUGGAUACACGGGAUGAGAAGUCAGCCCAGGAGGACGUUGAAGUGGACGUGAAGACUUCUCAGAAGUUCCCAAGGGUGCCUCCUCCCAGAAGAGAGUCCCCAAGUGAAGAGAGGCUGGAGCCUAAGAGAGAAGUGAAGGAGCCCAGGAAGGAGGGGGAGGAGCUGCCGGAAACCCAGGAGAAGGGAGAGCAGGAAGAGGGGCGAGAGCGCAGCCGGAGGGCCGCUGCUGUCAAAGCUACGCAGACACUACAGGCCAAUGAGGCGGCCAAUGAUGUCCUCAUUCUCCGGAGCCACGAACCCAAUGCCCCGGGGCCUGCGGGUGCUCAGACCUCAGAGAAGCCAAGGGAGGGGCCGGGGAAGUCACGAAGGGCACUGCCUUUCACAGAGAAGAAGAAGAAGCCGGAGGCAUCUAGUAAAACCCAAAACCAGGAGAACACUUUCCCUUGUAAAAAAUGCGGCAGGGUGUUUUACAAGGUGAAGAGCCGCAGCGCUCACAUGAAGAGUCAUGCGGAGCAGGAGAAGAAGGCGGCGGCUCUGAGGCUGAAGGAGAAGGAGGCUGCAGCUGCAGCAGCGGUGCACCAGCAGGCCUUGAGGGAAGAGAGCGGCGAGGGCGAGAAGGGCUGAGACCCCGCUGGACCUCUCACUGGCCUCGCCCCGCACCCUGCACCCGGGAACCUCUAGAGGGAGCCAGGAGAGGGUCACGUGGACUUUGCUCUGCAAAACAAAUCCGAUAAUGAAAAAUAAACAGGCUUUUUUAUUUACAAAGGCCGAGGACAGUGUUAAGGGCUGCAGGAUCCAGGUCUCUCAGUAUCUGGUCGAGUUGUUCUGCUCUCCCGGAGCCCGAGAGGCCAGGCCCCUUGGAAGGGGGAGGGCUCUGCAGCUGCCUCUGGGUCUCUGUGGUUGCCAGGCUUUUCGAGUCUCUGCCUCUUUCCUGCCUGGACCGUAGUAAGCCACCAUGGAAAGCCAAGCACAAGCUCACCCCGUGGCAGAUUAUUCCUCCUCCCCCAGAGGACCUGGAAGGCUGUGCAAACCUUGCCCCAACCCCCAAACAAAAGGACUCCUCAGAGAACGGCGGCCUUAGCACCUCUGUUGUUCCCGUACAACUGCAGCCAUGCCGGGCUGCUCCGGUGGUCAGGCUUCAGGUCACCACCUCCCAGGAGUGUCGGAGGGUAGUUUCAACCUCUUUGCUGCUUGCUAUCAGACCGUCUGGGGCUGGAACAGUUAGUUUUCUCAGACAUCUGGGGAAGGGACCGCUCGCUGUUCAUGUCCCUGCUCUCAGCCUGCUGCAUGGAAGGGAACUGUGCAGAGGAUGCAGAACCAGGCCAGGGGGUUUUGACAAGCCCGAUGACUCUUCCUGCUGCCUACCAUUUUAUCCCUUUGGGUCCUAGAGGCGGCUGAGGGAGCCUCAGGCGGUCCCUGCUCUUGGUAGCUGCCACCUAGCCCAAUGCACCCCACUAGGUGUCGAUACAGCCUCUCCCUCCACCCACCCCCUGUCCUGCAUGCUGGAGAUUUCUGGAUCCUUCCCUGGGAGGGGAUAUCCCCUAACUAGACUAGCCAGGAGCCUUCAUUCCUUGACUUGUGUCAUUUGGGAACUAUUUAUUUAUUCUUAAUAUUUAAUUUUUAACAUCCUCAGGGACCAGGGGCCUCUUGCUUUCCAGAGGUCCAAGUGCAUUUAUCCCAAAAUAAGUCACCUUCUUGGCAUCCCCACCCCCAUUCCAAGGCCCUAGUGUCCCUUACCUUGUUCUCUUACUGGUAGGAAUGGUAAUAGUACUGAACCGGCUGGGAAGGUGGGGAGUGUCAUUAAAGUCACAGGAAACUGGAAGAUGUGGGUGAGGUCAAAGGCCGUUCCUGGCCUGCCCUUUCUGUACUUUCAAAAUGCUUGAGGGAGUUGGCGGGAGGCCAGAAUCCUAGUUUUGUUUAUCAGCCUGGACUCUGGCUUGAAGAAACCAUAUUUGGCAUGAAAUUCCUGAAGGGCCAGAAUGUUCUGGAGAUCUGUUCACUUGCCAGUUCCAUAGGGGGCCUAAGUAUUUUUCUGAUAUUAUUACUCAGCUUUAGCUGUGCAGAAAAAUGUCUGCGUGGAUGUGUCUGAGUGGUCAACAUGUUAAGAGCUAAAAAGGAUUCUUUCACUAUUCCCUAGGAGAUGGCACGCAGCCCUGUUGGAAACUGGAAAUAGACGUGGUGUUUCGUUUUUAAGCUAUGCACUAUUGGUAGUUUUUACAUUCAUUUAUGCAUUAGUAUGGUUCUAUGGGAGCUGUAUAUGAAAAAAGCAAAAAUGCCCCCCUAGAUGCCUGGAUGGUUACCUAAGCAUUCAGCGUCACCAUUAGUUUUUUCCAUAGGCUUCUACAAACUCAAAGCCUCGAGAUUUCAAAAAUCUGGUACCCUCUGGAAGCAAGAGGACAACAAAUUUAGGCUUUCUCCUGAAUCACUUGUAUAAUGAGUGCCUUCACAGCUUAGCCCCAAAGUGCUACUUAUGUUUCCCAAGGUUUUUUUUCUAUUUAAACCGUAUUUGGCUCAGGCCCUUUGGAUAUGUGGUAUCCGACAUCUUCAGCCACACGAGACUCUUCUGCCCAGCGGUACCAACCAGUCCUUAGAAAUCUUAAUAAUAAAAAAGCAAUUCUACCCUUCUAAGUUCACAGAGACUAGACCAGUUGAAUAUAGCCAGAAAAAAUGAAGAUGCUACCCUUCGGUGGUGAUCUCAUGAGACAGUUUUCGAAGAGUCCAUGCUCUGGGGAGCAGCGUGCAAACUGCGCUGUUUGUAGGGCAGGUCCAUUGUGGCGCGUAGCCGCAGAGGCUGGCACGGGCACAUCCUUACUGGUGCUUUCUCACACGAACACACUGGGCUUGGUUUUUGUUGUUUUAUUAUUACUGCUCAGAGCUUUUGCUUAAAGAAAAGGUAACCACUUCAGCUUGAUAUUAGCCUUCCUAGACCACCUCACCUGCCUGUCUCCCAGCCUCCACCGGCACCCAGCGAAGGGCAUGACAUGACACAGUGCCUGUGUUCUGGCCACUUCGGGGUCUCUUUCCCAUCUAAGGAGACGGUGCCAUUACUGCUGUCCUCCAGGCCUUCGGCAGCCCCUCACAGCUAAGGUACACACUUCUGCCACCCCCUCCCCUGGCACAGGGGUCCUGUGCCGCCCACGUCUAAAGGGAUUGCCUAUGUUUAACUGCCUCAGUGACCUAACCUCUUUCUUCUUACGUGCCAGAUGUUACAGAUGAAGGAGGACUACUACACAUACUCAAGCCUCAGCUGUUUAAAUGUUUUUAUUGGGGCUCACUUUUCUGGGUUGUUAUUUAUUAGUAGACUGGCAAAGCCUAACUCCUUAGGUUUUUAUGGGAAGUAUGCAUAUUUUUAUAAAAAAAAAAGUUGUGUCUAACCCACAUGUGGCUGUGUUUGUUGCCUCAAAAAAAAUUGCAGCUGUUAGAACUUUUCCUCAUUUGUCUGUUAAGUUGAAGGCCUUGUUGGAGAGGACAGAGCACAGGAACAGCCUUGACAGUCUGUAAUUAUUGUACAAAUAUUUUACUAGCAUACAAUAAGCAUAUUCCUUUUAUUUUACAACAAAAUGAUCAGACACUGCCUUUCAUGUGUUUGUUGCCUGUGGCACUCUUUUUAAAAAAGACUGUUACAUAUUAAAUAGUGUACAUAUAUAUAAAUAUUACCUCUUUUGCUGUACAGUUGUGAUAGACCAGACUGAAAAUUUUAUUUUUUGUGUGCUUUUUAUAAAAAAUAAUUAAUACACUAAAGAGAAUCUUGCUGUGAUUGUAAUGUACCUAUGUAACUUAUUUACUUUUGAAUGUUCUGUAUCUUAAGACCUUUUAUUAAAUAAAAUUUUAAAAAAUUC